AUGGUAAAUGGUGAUGUAAAACAUUCUGGGAAGAUGCGGAAAUGUCGGAUUUCACGAAACAAAAAACGAUACUGGAAAAAAGGUACGCAAAUCCAGGAUACGGAGGAUUUUCUCUGCGAAAUUCAAGCUGAUGAUGUUAAAGAUGUAAAAAACCAAAGUGAUGACAGUCUGUUUACCGUCGAAAGAGAACCUGAUCACAAUAAUUUUAAAUUAACAAGGCGACAGAUGGCAGCUUUGAUGAAGAGAUUAACAAAGAAGGAGCUUGUGACAAAGGAGGAUAAUGUACCUAAACGUCAGGUGAGAAAGAUGCUUCUAGAAACACCGAAGAAACAAGUCGCGGACAAAGCUAGUUUUCCACAAAAUACUGCAUUCCAGACUCGAGAAUUAUAUGAUCUUUGGGGUAAAGACGACCAACACUCACAAAAAGAAGUUUCUGCAUCAGAGGAAUACUAUUUUCUAAUUACCAAGAAAAAGUUGCCACAGGAACCGAAAACUUUGAAGCACAUAACUAGCAUACUGCAGCAUGUAGAAAUUGCUCCGGCGGGUGCUUCAUAUAAUCCUCCAGUGUCCAAAUAUUUGGAUUAUGUUACUGAGGCAGCCGAAGAAGAAAAACGGAAAAUUAAAGAAAGUGAAAAGCUGGAACGUGAGCUUGCAUUGCUUAAAGAAAAAUACGCCACUCGGGAGGAAAUAGAACUAGAAUUAAGGACAACUCUUGAUGGUAGUGGCGAUAACAGUGACGAAAUUUUGGAGGAUGCGAAUGAAAUGGAAUUGAACGACAGUGGAGAAAAAGAGCUAAAAAUUAAACAAAAAAAACAAAAAACAAGGAAAGCUCGAUACUUGAGACGUAUGGAACGAAAACGGAAAGAAAUUGAAAGUAUAACUGGAUUCCAAAAGGAACAGAUGCAUCUUAUUUACUCAACUCGAAAAUUAAAUAAAGAAAUCAGUAAAGAAAUACAAAAACGAGAAGAAUUAGCAAAGAAACGGAAAGUGCACAAAUUGAUCAAAAAAUUUGCUGGUACACAGCGUUUGGGUCGUGGGAAGUUUGAACCGUGCGAGAAAUCUGUUUUGUUAACUGAGGAAUUGCCAGGGUCUUUGCGAGAACUAAAGCCGCAGGGCAAUGUUUUGACGGAACGCUUGAAGAGUUUGCAGAAAAGGAAUAUGCUCCCGAUACCGGGAGAAAAGCGACAAAGAAGGAAAUUGAAAAACAGGUUACGAAUUAAAGAAAGAGAAGACAGGAAACAUCAAGAAGUGAAACUUGGUACACGUUUGAUAUAA